AUGGACUACCACGAGUACACAGCUGUCGCCACUCUCCAGGACUACCACAGAGAUGAGGAGAUCGACAGCCCUUACAGAAUCACCCACCACGCUAAGACCAAGCGGCAAGGGAAUGCUCAACAGAGCAACAAGGACUCCUGGACUUGGGAGGAGAUCCUGGACGGUAGAGGACCUUGGGCUCAGCCAGGGGAAUAUCGCCGUCCCAAGGAGGAGUUGGAAGCAGCGAAGGCUGAGAGGCGCUGGUAUGAGGAGAGCCAAGCCGAGGCGCACUACAAAGGCAGUAAACAUGCCAAGAAGCUCAAAGCACAGGAGAACACCAAGAAUAAGCCGCCUAAGAGUUCCCUUCCUCCUCCCCUGGACAGUGCAAAGACAAUCACCACCACAACCUCCACCACCUUGACCAGCACUGUCAGGGGCAGCAACUCUGACCAACCAGAACAAAUCGCAGUGCCUCCUAGCACGGCAGAUGAAACCUUGGCUUCUCCAAAUGCUUUCGUCCCCAUCAUCUCCACCUCCUCCUCCCUGGCAGCUUUAACAGCCAUGGCCGUCCCCAGUCCCUGUAAUCCCGUCCUAUGUGAUCCCACGCCUGCCAGCCCCCCAUCAGCUACACAAGUACAACUACAGGCGCCUGUUAUGAAGAGCAGUGGCAGCAUCAGCACCAAGCCUGGGCUCACGGCCCCCACCACUGCCGCUGCUACAGCAACUCAGCCCACGCCAGAGUCGGAGGAGGAAAAAGCCAAAAAGCUCCUGUACUGUUCGCUUUGCAAAGUGGCCGUCAACUCUCUGUCGCAGCUGGAGGCCCACAACACAGGUUCGAAACACAAAACUAUGCUUGAGGCGAGGAACGGCGCAGGCCCAAUUAAGGCCUAUCCCAGACCGGGCUCAAAGCUCAAAGUCCAGGCCACCACCGUGCUGAAAGGCUCUGGACUGCAGAACAAGACGUUCUAUUGUGAGAUCUGUGACGUCCACGUCAACUCAGAAAUCCAGCUCAAACAGCACAUCUCCAGCAGAAGGCACAAGGACAGAGUGGCUGGGAAACCGAUGAAGCCCAAAUACAGCCCUUACAACAAACAACAACGCAGCUCCACAGUCCUGGCCGCAAAGCUGGCUCUUCAGAAGGACCUGGUGAAGCCUAUCUCCCCUGCUGCUUUCCUCUCCAACCCCUUCUGCCCCACCACUGUCCCCUCCAUCGCCCUGCACCCACGGCCCAACUCCUCUAUCUUUCAGACUGCUGGCCUCCCAGGCUCUAUGGGCUCCUUCCUCCGGGCUGCUCCAGGGCCCAUUCGGCCCACCACCGGCUCUAUACUCUUCGCCCCAUACUGA